AAUUCUAGCGAUCUCGAGCCGGUUUCUCAAACUUACCUACCCUACCUUUAACAAUGCGUGGAUGUCCUGAAAAUACCAAUUUUAAUGUGAAUUGUAAUUUGAGAGUAAUAGAGGAGGGAUCCGUUUCACCUCAAUGAGAAUGUAAACAGUGGCUUAGGUCUCUGUUUGUUUACAAACUUAACAUUUAGACCUGAGAUGUAACUCAAUUCAGAUAAAGCAGUAGUGUUGGGAAAUGAGCGUGUACUCUACAAUUAGCCAACAAUGAAUAAACUAGACUGAUGUGUCUCUCUUAAAAGUUUUAAUUCAGAAAAGAUGCUGAUGGUACCUUCCUGGAUAGAUGCCUCCAGCUGUAACUCUUAUCUUUUUGCUCUUUCAUUACCAGCUUUGCAACCCCCCAUUCUGAAAAAAUAAAUUAACCCUGAUAUCUGAUUUCACAUUCCAGAUCUGAUAUCUUAACACAUGUCUUAAGAUGAGAGUGAAAAGUGUCAUCGUUUUGUAUUGAAUUGCCAAGUUAUUUAGGUUGUAUUACCUCUUAUUUCUCAAAUCACUGGGACAAUUCACUUGGCAUCAACCUGAGAAAAAAAUCAAUUAACACUUAAUGUCGGAGCCUGGCUGCUCAUCAACAUCAAAGGACUUACUGGAAGUGCAUUUUCCAGCAUGGUAUCAAAAUCUUUCACCAUGCUGACAGGAGUGGAGGGUAGUCAGGACCAGGGGGAAAGUCCCUCCCUGUCCCCGGCCUCUGCAUUGGCUGGACCAGCAUCAGAUCCAGGAGAGCUGUCAGCCAAUCAGUGCAGCGCAGAUGCAGACAGCGGAGACUGCUCUACUACCCGGUUAACCGAGGGGACAGACAGACACACAGACAGAGAACCGGAGAGUCUGCAGACACUAUCGACGUCCAAUCUGCAAACAUAAUGGAAACGGAGAAGAAAACAGAUUUCUCAGGAAAAUGGAAAAUGAAGACUUCACAACAUUUUGAAGAACUUUUGAAAGCUCUGGGUGUGAAUAUGCUCCUGAGGAAGAUUGCGGUGACAGCGGCCUCCAGCCCGGCAGUGGAAAUCACCCAGCAGGAUGACAGUCUGUCCAUCAAGACUUCCACCAGCGUCCGCACCACCCACGUCUCCUUCACCGUGGGCCAGUCCUUCAAUGAGGCCACAGUGGAUGGACGUCCCUGCACGAGUUUGCCUAAGUGGGAAACAGACAGCAAAAUAAGCUGUGAGCAGACUUUACAGAAAGGCGAUGGGCCCAAGACAUCGUGGACUCGAGAGGUAACCAACGAUGGAGAACUGAUACUGACAAUGACUGCAGGGGAUGUUGUCUGCACCAGAGUUUAUGAGAGGGAAUGAGGAAAUAUUUUCAAGACCGACAUGCAAUACUCCUGUUUUGUGCCUCAUGCAUGGUUUACAUUUACUCGCCUUGUUUUCUCCUUCAUUCUCUCAGCCAGUCUUAUGUUGAUCUCAAACAGUGCACUGUGUAGAAAAGGCUUCAGUUUACAUGAAUGUAUGUUGGCACAGUAGUUGCUUUUAUAACCCCUACAGCUGAACUGUUUCUGUAUCUUAUAUAAACGUCACACAUUCCUUUUCUGAAACUGUGUUUAAAUCCUUUUCAACAUGUUAAUAAACUGUUUUAUAGAUUCCUUUUCAAACACUCGUUCUUUAUGUCGCCUCCUCCCAUUCCCUUGUCGUCCAUCUGCAUAUCACUUUACAUCAUUGUCUGCCAUUCAUACUCUCCAGAUAAUCCCCACCCUUUCCCCCUCCAUCUUUCCAUUCCCAGUCCAGUACCUUGUCCUCUGUGUGCUCUUAUGUCAUCAUAGCUCACUACAGUAUGUAUUCAAUUAGACUAAAAACUCCCUUACACAAUUUACAUUUUGUAAACUUUGCUUUGAGGGACAUUUGGCUAAGACCAGAAGGAAACAGGGAGUGGGAAGGAAAAUGAGAGUUGGAAAGAGAAAGAUGUCAUGAGAAAGUUAUUUCAAAGCAUUCAGAGAGGUUAUGCUUUCUAUUUUCCCCUCUCCAGCUGUACCUACUUACAGAAUGAGCUCAAUAAAAAAAUCCCCCACU